UUUCGUCCUAUCACAGCAACGAAUCACGGCCACGUGAGCGUUGCCUUGGUGGCAAGUGAAGCUAGCUAUAACGACUACAUGCUAGCAUUAGCUUCGGUAUGCUCCUGAACAGAAAUGAACAGAGAUGACAUUUGUCUGCUUCUUGGAGCAACUGGCGUCGGGAAAACGUUGUUGCUGAAACGUCUACAAAAGCUCAGUUUGCAUGGAUUGGAGGAACUGGGCGAACCUCCUUCUACCCUGCCUACAGUAGGAACCAACCUGACAGACCUGAAACUGAAAAAGAAGAAGAUGACAUUGAGAGAGCUGGGAGGCUGCAUGGGUCCUAUAUGGCCGAGUUACUUCAAAGACUGCUCAUCUGUAAUUUUCAUGGUGGACUCAGCCAACAUUGCUCAGAUAUCCGCCUCCUGUAUCCAGCUGCUGUCAGUUCUCUCUGCUGAGCAUUUGCACAAUGCCUCUGUGCUUAUUCUAUUCAACAAGAGGGACAUGCCCUGCACUAUGAGUCUCGUGGAGAUAAAGUCGCUGUUCAGAAUGGAUGACAUCAUUGCAUCUGCUACUCAGCCGAUCACAACACAGGAACUCAGUGCCCGCUCUGGACAGGGACUUCAGGAGGUGCUGAGCUGGCUGGAGUCCAUCAUAGUCAAGUGAAAUAUCAUAUGUUUUUUCCUUAUGAAAAUAUGCUCCUCCCACAGGACUUGAUCUAGCUUCUUGGCAAGAUAUGUCUGAAAUGUCUGUGUGCAAAGACAAUGUAAAUGUACACACAGUUUGGAUGGACUUAAUGAUGUGUUAAACUGAUGAACUGGUGCUGUAUCUUUGGUUCCAUAUACAUAUGGCUACUGUUCAACAGUGUGAAUGGGAAAGGAAAUAUAUUAGUGUAUUAUGGCAGGAUGUUGUGAUUAUUAAGUACCAUAACUCUUGUUAAACCAAAUAAUACUGUAGAUCUUACAGUUAGUUGUUUUUAUACUGGUCACCUUUACCAAUUAAAUGCCACAGAUACGCCGCUGGAAUGUAUGACUAACUGCAGUUAGAUUCUCAUGUCUAAGUAAAGACUUGUUUUAUAUUAAAA